CACACAGCCAUGAAUACCGGUGCGUUCCAACACAGAUCUAAUUGAUGGCCAAGCCAAUGGAACCUGGUCUGUCCAUCCCAUUUGGUGGAAUGUCCAAUGUCUACAAAUUCCCCAUACGAUACCUUUUGACUCUCGCCAUCGCUGGAGCCUUGCAGCAGAACAGAGCUGCGCCGCGACCACCUGACCGGCCAGACACCCGUUGAAAACACCUUAUAAGUUAACACUCGCACAAUGCUACAAAUAGAGCACGCUUCCAUUCGCGACGCUAUACUCCAGUGAAAUAUGUCGAUCCACGAGUCCUCCACGCCCACCCCCCUUCGCGAAGCUCCAGGUGCAUUCCCGGACCAGCCGGACGACGGAGACGGUGCUCAAGGAGCGUCUAACCUCAACACAUUGUCCCGAGCAGUACACGCCAGAAGAGCGGAAUAUAUCCGCCAACGAACGGUCAAGGUGAGAAUAGGAUCAUGGAACGUUGCGGCACUGCCGGGAACGGAGGAAGAUCUUGGGAGGUGGUUUGCGGGGCCUCUCGAAAGGACGGACAAGUCCGUUGGCGAGGACGCACCUCAGAAUGUUGAGCUGGGACAUGCCGAUGGAGCCUCCCUUGCUAACGAUGAGAAUAGAAGUAAUGAACGGUGCGCAGGAAAGCCACCUUCACUGCAAGGACCCAGCCGGAACGCGACUGUUAACGAUCGAGCUGCUCAACCUGCCGAUGAAGACAUGGAUAUUUUUGUGCUAGGAUUGCAGGAAAUUGUUGAUCUUUCGUCUCCGGCCGAGACGCUGAGACCAUACGUGGAUCCAGCCCCAGCAAAUAAGUGGAAAGAAGCGAUCCACAAGGCGCUCCCUUCCGGUUAUACCCUCAUAUCCUCACAGCAGCUCACUGGCUUGCUCCUGUUGGUUUAUGCCUCUCAAUCAAUAGCUCCAAGUAUCUCUUCCGUUAGUUCUACAAGUGUUGGAACCGGAUUGAUGGGGUACAUGGGCAACAAAGGAGCGGUUGCAACGCGUAUAGUUCUCGGUGGAGCAACACGUAUUGUUCUCAUAAACUGUCACCUCUCCGCCGGGGCUGACAAAGCGAGCUUGGACAGGAGGAACUGGGACGCCUCGCAGAUUGUGAUGCGGACGAAGUUUGAUCCUAUCGAAGGUGACGAUGAUGUAGAUUUUACAUCAAGCCAAACCUUGGGAGAUGAGGAAUUUGCUUUCUGGUUUGGUGACUUGAAUUAUCGUUUGGAAGACAUUCCAGGCGAGGAUGUGCGACGACUCCUCCAUUUGCAUACCGAAAAUGACUUCGGUCCGUUGCCCAAACGUGACACGGAUAGCGCCAAAUCUAGAUGUUCCCAGGAAUUCAGUCGCUCGGAAGGAAAUUUUUCCUCUGAAGCUAUUUCAAUGGCGGAUAAUGACGUCGAAACAUGUCAGGAUCCUGCUUCCCUAGAGACUACUCUUGCGUCCCUUCUCCCACACGACCAACUACGCGCCCAACAAAAGAACCGGAAAGCAUUUUAUGAGGCAUGGAGAGAAGGUGACAUAAAAUUUUUGCCCACUUACAAAUACGAUAUUGGUCGUAUUGGGCAGUUCGAUUCGGGCGAGAAGCAACGGAGCCCAAGUUGGUGUGAUCGAAUAUUGUAUCGAACAAAGGAAGACUAUCUGAAAUACCAGAGACGGAUGAAAGAAGACGAAGAUGCGAGGAAAAGGGAUGAAGAGAUGAAGUAUCUUGGAUUGGAUCAAGAGGCGGAAGAUGACAACGUGCUUUUUGACUAUGAUCCUGAGUUUGAUGGAGCGGAGUAUGAUGAGAAUGAAGACACAGUUGAGGAUAUAGUCGCAGAUACCGACCAAGGAAAUGGCUCUGGGGGCUCACUGAAUAUGACCUGCUAUAGGUCACAUCAGGAUAUUGUUUCUUCGGACCAUAAACCCAUACAUGCCGAUUUUAUUCUGACAUACGAUGCCGUCAUUCAAGAUUUAAAGGCAAAGGUGCACCAAGAGGUUGCUAGAGAGCUAGAUAAGGCUGAGAACGAGGCGCGCCCAGAUAUUACAGUUGUCGUUGAUCAACCCGCCAACAUAUCCGAAGACCACAAACUCGCCCCGAACGGGAUUGCCGAUCGAGACACCGUCAGUUUUGGACAAGUUCGUUACGAUGUCCCGAUAUCGCGGAGCGUAACACUUGCGAAUACCGGUAGUGUCCCAGCCACUCUCUCAUUCCAGUAUAGGCCUGUGGCUGCUGAUGAAGACUCUCGUGUUUCUCCCCCCUGGCUCCAUCUCAAGGUAGAUUGGCCUGCGGAUGCCCAUGCGCAGACGUCAAGUUCCCAGAAGGAGUAUACAUUGCCUCCUGGCGAAUCAGCACACGUACAACUUGUUCUUUGUGUCUUUGACGUGAACUUCGUUCGGCAGCUGAACACUGGUGAAGCUGAACUUGAAGACAUACUAGUCUUACGUGUUUCUAGUGGCCGAGAUCAUUUCAUUUCGGUUCGUGGGAAGUGGUUACUGUCAUGCUUUGGCCUAUCACUGGAGGAGCUCACUCGAAUUCCUGAAGGAGGCAUUAGGAGUUUAGACGUUGCCAGUCUCUCGCCCUAUUUGUCCGGAAAUAACCAGAUCGAUAACAUCCGAACAUCUGCUCCCCGCGAACUUUUCCGGUUGACUGAAGCAGUAGCCGAACUCACGGAACGUUCCAUAGCAGAAUGGGGUAUGAUUGGUAAUGGUGAUGAUACAGAGAAUAACGCACGUCCCUGGGGUUGUCAGCGGGCUGGUUGGCCGUUUGAACCCGAAACAUGGUCACUGAGGAACAGCCGUGAGCGAUACAAGCUUCUAGGCUUGAUCCGCGAGGGACUAGAUACUGGUGCCCCGUUUUUCGCUCAGUUCCCUGCUGAGGUUCCAUCACGUUAUCGAGCAGAGCUUCUUGCUGAAACCCUCCUUGCAUUCUUACGGUCUCUAUAUGACGGGCUUAUUACUCGGGCGCUAUGGAGCGAGGUAGAAAGUCAAGUUUUUUCUUACGAAAAGUCGAUGUCUGCUUCUUUAUCACCGGAACAGUCCCAGUCCCAAGUCCUCGAAGCCCUCGCUUCAUCACCGGCCCACAGCGUCUCUUUUACAUUCCUUACGUUCAUGCUUAACCGCAUUUCCAGUGAAAUUGCGCCAUUAGUACCGCCUCCCAUUUCAACACCCGUGUCACCAAUUACUCCAACAACACCCUCUAUAUCUUCUCUCGACCGUCGUUCCACAGACCUCACAGAACCUUUGAGCCCCUCAAUAUCAAUGGCUGCGCCCAUUCUACCUCGUCCAUCCAUUACAUUCUCAUUCCCAUUCAGAUCGCGCAGCCGCACGCUGUCGAGUAGUGAUGACAACAAUGUCCCUGUCUCUCAUUCAAGGCCUCCCACCAGUAGUGCGACGAUUAACAUAGCUACCUCUUCAAUUGCGAGACGUCAAGCAGUGAAUAAGGCAUUUGUGGCAAUAUUCGCAGACGUCAUAUAUUCGAAGGACAUUCCAGUACCCGAGAAAGACAAAGAGAGGCGAGUGUUAGCAGAGAGAAAGAGAUCUGUUAUAGAGCCAUUCUUGAGAAGCGAGGCGGACAGCUGAUGGAACCAAUCGCUUUUGCUUUUGGAACGAUGGACGUGGACAUCCUGAAUAUUAGUUGUUUGUUUUGAGUUUCGACUGGUAGCAACCAUGAUGUUGGCAUUGCAUAUAACUUAAAGCCAUAAUGUUGUUGUUCCCGUAUACACAGGGGACUUGUUGGCUAUGUAUAUUUGCUUCUCACUGCUUGUAAAGCUAUUGAAUACAUUAAGAUUAUCAUCAUUAG